UAUAAUCGCUUUCAAUUAUCACUUUUUCAUAAACUAAAAUCACUUUCUGAGUUUCUUCUGAUUUUUAGCAAAUCCCAUUAUCAGUUUUUCUUUUUUACCUAAACUCACUUUUUUCUACUAAAGUUUCCACCUUUCCACCAUAUCAUGAACAUGGAACCCAAAACUGAACCUGUGUCACCACCAUAUUUCCAUUUUACAAACCCUAACAACAACCUUGAAGAUAAGUCUAUUCAUGAUCUUGUUCUGGUACUGCGUGGAACUUGUCAAUGGGAAACUUUUGACAGUGUUGAAGCUGUUUUGGAGAGUAGGGAUAUAAGACUCAGAGAAGAGAAUCAAAAGUUGCAACAAGACUUUGAAAUGGAGAGACUAAAGCUUAAAGAGCAGCUUGACAUGGAGAUACUUUCAAGGUUGCAUGCUGAGUUUGAGUUUAGAAAAAGAGAAGAAAUAUGUUCGAAAGUGCAAGAAAAUUAUGAAGCUCUCUUGAAAGAGGUUAAGGUAAAUAGAAAAAGUAAUGAAGCGUUAGAAAAGAAGAACAAUGAAGUUGAUGUGUUAAGAAGAAAGAUUGUUGAAUUAGAGAAUGAAGUUUUGGAGUUGAAGAAGUUAAAGAAAAAAUGGGAGGAAGAUGAUAUUGAAUUGGGUGUGUUAAGAAAAAUGAUUGGUGAAUUACAGAGUAAAAUUGGAGAAUUGGAGGAAACAGUAAAGAAGAAUUUGGCAACGAUGAAUGAGUUGAGGAAUGAAAGCAGGAAAUUGACAGAGGAGAAGUGCGAAGUGGAGAUAUUACUUAAGGCUUUGAAGAGGAACAGGAAGUUUAUUCGAGUGGGUGAAAGAGCAGCAACAUCGGAGGAAGAUAUCAUACUUUUGACAAGCUUAGAAGAGGAAGUUCCUAUGGUUGAUCAUUUUGAAGAGAAUGUUGGUGACAACGAGUUCAGAAAUGAAGAUGCCUAUCACACUCUUGGAGUUGCUGGUAGUAGGAGAUGCCUAUCAUCAUCAGCUGGUGGAAGUCUGAAACUGGAAAAUGAGAUUGAGAUCAUAAACCAUGACAACGACGAUGAUCAAUCUAUCUCUAGAGGAGUACAUGAAAAGAAAGCAUGUUCUGGAAUCACCGCAAAUCCAUGUUCAUCAGUGGCACUGGCAACACAACAAGAAAGCAAAUUUUCCAAUGCAGUUGACAGAGUCAAAAGAAAAUCUUCUUUCGAUGGUUCAUUGCCUUUUCUCCAUAAUCUUACAAUAUGGUCUGGUGCAAAAAAGAAAAACAUGUAGGCAGACAGUGCAGGAUUAUUGAACUAUUAUAUAUCCAAGGUAUAUAACAUUAUAGGAUCCUUGUUAGCUAAGACGUUUUUUUAGGUUUUAAUGAACAAUUAACUCAUGUUAGUUCUUA